AUGGCUCUGGGCUCAGCAUCCAAUACACACUCCGCGGCCAGGAGUCGACUUCUUCUGUUCGGCCCCCAGGCGCUUGGUUUCACCAAGCAAUCGUUCCAAAGCCUGUUGAGGUCUCUUUCGGAUAGCCCUUUAGAUCGUCGCUGGGUUUUGGACCUGGUCGCCGAAUUGCGGGCUCACUGGCCCACGCUCGCGAAGCAGAUUUCCACACUGCAGUGGGUACGAGGCGAGAAGCUGCUCGCCGAGCUCGAGGGAUGGUUUAUGACGAGCUCAUUCCCCGAGACAAACUAUGACCUGCCCAACAUUCUUCUCACCCCCCUCGUGGUUCUUUCCCAGCUGGGACAGUGUUGGCAAUAUUUCAGCGUCAGGAACCUUGGUAACGACAUGCCGCUGAGUGGUUGUGCCACCCUGGGUUUCUGUACCGGAAUCUUGAGUGCUUUCGCAGUGUCCAGUUCGAAGAGCUUGCAAGACUUGCCGCACUACGCUGCGGUGGCCGUGCGCCUCGCCAUGUUGAUCGGUGCUCUGGUCGACGCGCAGGAGGCAUCCGACACGGUGUACGGCCCAGCCAAGUCUUUUGCCAUAGCAUGGACGUCGACCGAGCAGGGUACUAUCUUAGAUCGCAUCAUAGAUCAGUUUCCCGAGGCAUACAUCUCGGUUCUUUAUGACACCCAGCGGGCCACCGUGACCAUAUCGCAGCACACAGCGUCUCUGCUCGUGCAGCAGCUCCAUGCGGCCGGCAUGGUGGCGUCGGAGGUGGGACUUCAGGGCCGCUUCCACUGCAGACAGUAUGAAAAGGAUCUGGAGACCGUCUUGCGUUUCUGUGAUUCAGAGCCAAGGUUCCAGUUCCCCGAUGCGUCGCAGUUGGCGCUUCCAAGCUAUACCAAUACGGACGGACAGCCCCUGGUGACCGGGAGGCUGCAUCACUUGGCUCUGCGGGCGGUCCUAGUCGAGCAGUGCAACUGGUACAAGACCUUCACAGCCGUGCAGUCGUCUGUGCUGCAGUCCGACAGUGACGUGGCGGUUUCCUUUGGGCCCAGUCGAUCUGUCCCUCCGUCCUUAGUGCGACAGCUAGGAGCGCGUUUGGUCCAGGCGCCGAUGAUAGAGGAACGUCCGGAGGCACCCCAGUUCUCGGCCAGUGUAUUGGAUCCCAAAAUUGACCGGAGCGCCACCAGCAUCCGCAACGCGGAGGACGAUGAUAUUGCCAUCGUCGGCAUGUCGAUUCGUGUCGCCGGGGCGGACGACGUGGCCGAGUUUUGGGAUUUGAACCGUCGCGGCGAAUCCCAGCAUACGGAGGUGCCAACCAGCCGCUUUGGGUUCCAGACGCAGUGGCGCGAGGUGGACGAGCGGAAGUGGUAUGGUAACUUCAUUCGCGACGUUGACGCCUUUGAUCACAAGUUCUUCAAGCGAAGUCCGCGGGAAGCAGCCACGAUGGAUCCACAGCAACGGCUCAUGCUGCAGGCUGCGUAUCAGGCCGUCGAGCAAUCCGGAUAUUUUGCGCAGCCCAACCCAGACAACCAUAUAGGAUGUUACAUAGGCGCCUGCGCCGCCGAUUACGAACAUAACGUGGCAUGCUACCCGCCCAACGCGUUCACGGCCACGGGCAAUCUCAAAAGCUUCAUCCCGGGAAAGGUCGCGCACUAUUUCGGCUGGACGGGCCCCGGAAUGACCAUCGAUACGGCGUGCUCUGCCUCGGCGGUCGCCAUCCAUACGGCGUGCCGCGCGAUCCUGAGUGGUGAGUGUACAGGGGGCGCGUUGGCCGGCGGCGUAGCGACGAUGAGCAAUCCCAUAUGGUUUCAGAACCUGGCGGGCGCUACAUUCCUGAGCCCCACGGGCCAAUGCAAGCCGUUCGAUGAGAAGGCAGAUGGCUACUGCCGCGGCGAAGGUAUCGCUUGCGUCUUUCUGAAGAAGAUGUCCCGGGCUAUCGCGGACGGAAACCAGAUCUUCGGCUGUAUUGCGAGCACCGCCGUCCUGCAGAAUGAGAACUGCACCCCGCUCUUCGUGCCAAACUCCCCCUCGCUGUCUCAUCUCUUCCGAGAGGUAGUUCGCAAGGCAAGGCUGGAACCAGAGGAUAUCUCCUUUGUGGAAGCUCAUGGCACCGGAACGCCCGUUGGGGACCCAGCUGAGUAUGAAAGUAUUCGCCUGGCGCUGGCAGCAGGGGCGAAGCGAACCACUAGGCCCUUGCAGCUGGGGUCGGUGAAAGGGCUCGUGGGCCAUACAGAAGGCACCUCUGGAGUCAUUUCCCUGAUCAAGGCGGUCCUUAUGCUGCAAGAGGGCUUCAUCCCACCGCAGGCCAGUCAUUCCAAACUAAGCCACCAUAUCGCUGCAUCCGAGAUGAUCGAGAUUCCGACCACCCUUCGGCGGUGGGACGAGCCCUUCAAGGCAGCACUGAUUAACAACUACGGCGCAUCUGGCUCGAAUGCUUCGAUGGUCAUUACUCAGUUCACUCACGGUGAAGAUGAGGGGUCAACGACGGAGGGCACCGACGCUUCCGACAUGAGAUAUCCGUUCUGGAUUCCGGGGUUCGAUGACCAAGCUAUUUCGGCGUAUUGUCGGAAGCUCUUGGAAUUUAUCAUCACUUCAAGGAAUAGUAACAAAAAGACGGCCACGCUCGCCAACAUCGCGUUCAGUGUCUCGCGCCAGUCCAACCGAUCCCUGCCACGGGGUUUGAUCUUCAGCUGCAGCUCCUUAGCCAACUUGGAGGACAAGCUCCAAUCAUAUGCGAAUGGUCGACAGGAAUCCUCGGACUCCGCGACGUUGAUUAAGCCCGCGAGACCCGUCAUCCUGUGCUUUGGCGGGCAGGUUUCCACGUUCGUGGGCCUUGACAAGGCCGUCUACGAGCAGGUGAAGAUCUUCCGCAGUUUCCUGGACCGUUGUGACGCGAUGAUCCGAUCCCUGGGUCUCCCCAGCAUCCUGCCCGCGAUCUUUCAACGGACGCCUGUCAACGAUCCGGUUCAACUUCAGACCAUGCUGUUUGCCAUGCAAUAUUCGUGCGCUAAGUGCUGGAUGGAUUGCGGUAUCGUGGUCGCUGCCGUCGUCGGCCACAGUUUCGGCGAGCUCACGGCCCUCUGCGUGUCGGGUGCGUUGUCCCUUCGCGACACGCUGAACUUGGUGGCUGGACGGGCGAAAUUGAUCCGAGAUGCGUGGGGUGAUGAUUCGGGGGCGAUGGUCGCCGUGGAGGGCGACCCGGAUGUUGUCCAGCAGCUCAUUGUCGAGGCCAACCGAGCCUAUGCAGGCGAUCGCCCGGCCAGCAUUGCCUGUUAUAACGGCCCGCGCAGCUUCACCCUUGCGGGAAGCACAAGGGCGAUCGAUGUACUGCUGGAGACCGUGUCGCAGCAGGCGCCAACCUAUUCUUCCAUCCGGACCAAGAGGCUGAACGUCACUAACGCCUUUCAUUCCGUCCUGGUUGACCCGCUCGUGCCGAGCCUGGAGUCGCUCGGAGAGCAGCUGGCGUUCAAACGGCCGCUCAUUCCACUCCAUCGGUCGACUGAAGCGUUUCAAUCACCGGAUCAUUUGACCACCGGCUAUGUGGCCCAGCACAUGCGCCAGCCGGUCUUCUUCGAUCAUGCGGUCCAGCGGCUCAGAAAAGAGCAUCCAUCGUGCGUCUGGCUAGAAGCCGGGUCCAACUCCACCAUCACGGUGAUGGCCAAACGGGCAGUUGGUGGAGGAGGAGGAGGGGAGUCGCACUUUCAAGCCAUGGACCUCUGUAGUGAGGGUGCAAUGCAAAAGCUGUCCGAUGCUACGGCAAGCUUGUGGCAGGAAGGACUUCGCGUCUCUCUCUGGGGCCAUCAUGCGCUGCAGGCGUCCGAUUACGCCCCUCUGAUCUUGCCGCCGUACCAGUUCGAGAAGCACCGACACUGGCUAGAGCUCAAGGUACCCCAGUCCGCAGUCGCCGGCUUGUCAACCGAUGCGUACGUCAACCCGCAGCACGAAGUCCCCGUAGGGCUCUGGACGUUCACGAAGUACUGCAAUGCCGAGAAAACCUCCGCGCGAUUCCGCAUCAACACGAUGACGGAUCAAUACAAGGACUUGGUUAGUGGGCACCUGAUCGCGCAGACCGCACCCAUCUGCCCCGCCACGCUGCAAGUGGAUAUGGCCAUCGAGGCCCUGCGCAGCUUGCGUCCCGAGCUUGCGGCGCAGGAGAUGCAGCCCCAGCUGUUGGAUAUGCAAAACCAGGUCCCCGUGUGCGUGGAUCCCUCCCGGUUGGUAUGGUUGGACUGCACCGUCGCCGACCCCGAGGGCCACACGUGGGCAUGGCAGAUUGUCAGCAACCACCAGAGCCUGGACGCGCCGCAGCAGAGCGACACCGUCCAUGUCGCCGGCAAGAUCCGCUUUUGUUCGUCUGAGGACCCCCAGUAUCAGGCCGAGUUUGCGCGCUACGAGCGGAUGGUCGCCCACAAGCGGUGCUUAAGCGUGUUGGAGAGUGGCGAGGCUGCCGACGACAUCAUCCAGGGCCGCAACAUCUAUCGCACAUUUGCUGAAAUCGUGGAUUAUGGCGAGGUCUACCGUGGCGUGAAGAAGGUGGUCGGAAAAGGCGACGAAUGCGCCGGUCGUGUUUGCAAGGCGUACACAGGGGAGACCUGGCUGGACACGCUGCUGGCCGACUGUUUCAGCCAGGUCGCCGGCAUUUGGGUAAAUUGCAUGACGGAUCGCGCCGCGACGGACCUGUACAUCGCCAGCGGGUGCGAAUUGCUGAUGCGAUCCCCGAAGGUGCGACAACAAGGGUAUGCCUUCCCUGAGACGUGGGAUGUCUUCGCCGCGCAUCACCGCCAGUCCGAGAAAAUGUUCCUCACCGAUGUGUUCGUGUUCGAUGCGACAACCGGCGCCCUGGUUUUAGUGAUGCUCGGCAUUCACUAUAUGCGAGUCUCCAAGGUGUCUAUGAGCAAGAUUCUGACUCGACUCACAGCCCCAGAGGCCUUGCCCGCCCCUAUAUCGAAGAGUGCACCAGCAGCGCUGCCUCUGGAGCGGGAGACCGUAACCACCGCCGGGGCCGUGACGCAGCCGGUCGACCCGCAGGCGAAACGGCAGGGGAGCAAGAAGCCGCAGUCCUCGAGGCCGGACCUCAGCAAGCAAGUUCGAGAGAUCAUCGCCAAUGUUUCCGGCCUGGAGGCCAGUGAGAUCAAGAAUGACUCCAAUUUGGCUGACUUUGGCAUCGAUUCGCUGAUGGGCAUGGAAUUGGCAAGGGAGGUCGAGACCGUGUUUAAGUGCACGCUGGAUCAAGUCGAGCUCAUGGAAGCCACCGAUUUUCGCAAGUUCGUUAAGUGUAUCGCGGCCGCUCUGCAUCUGGACGAGGGCGACGAAGGUGCUGUCACGGCGCCGGAGGGAGACGAGGAGGAUUCGACUGGGUCGGAAACGUCGACAAACGGCCACGAGACUCCACGCACAACGCUCACGGUCACUCCACCAGGGGAGACCGCGGAUGACCGAGACGUCAAGGCAGCAGUCGUACAAUUGCCGUCGUUCCCGCAUCCACUGGAUAUCCCAGCAGGGGCGGUGCUUGCAGCCUUUGCCGAGUCAAAACUCCUAACAGACAAUUUCAUCCGGGAUUAUCGGAUCGACAAUUUCGCGGACACCGUGAUGGCCAAGUCCACCCAGCUCUGCGUUGCCCUCGUGGUGGAAGCUUUCGAAGAACUCGGCUGCCCGCUCCGCACCGCCACGGCCGGCCAGGUCCUGGAUCGAAUCCCCUAUGAGCCCCAACAUCACCGACUGGUGGGGUAUCUCUAUGAGCUCCUGGAAAAGGAUGCCCGGCUGAUCGACCGCGAGGACAGAGGGGAACGAAUCGUGCGCACCGCGAUCGCACCCCCAAAGAAGCCGAGCGAGACGAUACUGGAGGAUUUGCUGCGGCAGUUUCCCGAGUGGGUGUAUGCCCUUAAGCUGACCUCCUUCGCCGGGAAACACCUGGCGGCCGUGCUCCAGGGCAAAACCGACGGCAUCCGGGUCAUCUUCGGGACCCCAGAAGGGCGGGAACUGGUUUCUGCGCUCUACUGCGACCACUCGUUCAAUCGGAUGUCCUACCACCAGAUGAAGGACUUCAUCAGCCGACUGAUUGCGCGCCUGCCAGCGGGACAGGGGCCCCUGAAGAUCCUGGAGAUGGGCGCGGGCACCGGGGGCACCACCCAGGUCCUCGUGCCGUUUCUGGCCAGCCUCGAUAUCCCCGUGGAAUACACCUUCACUGACCUUGCACCGUCGAUGGUGGCGCUGGCCCGGCGUAAGUACAAAUCGUACCCCUUCAUGAGGUUCGGCGUGCACGACAUUGAGCAACCCCCGGCCGAUGAGCUGCGCAACCAGCAUAUAGUCAUCGCGAGCAAUGCGGUUCAUGCGACCCACAGCCUCACGCGGUCCGCCGAAAACAUCCGGGCGGCACUCCGCCCUGACGGCUUUCUCAUGAUGUUGGAGAUGACGGAGAUCGUGCCCUUCAUUGAUAUUAUCUUCGGCCUGCUCGAGGGAUGGUGGUUGUUUGAGGAUGGGCGACAGCACGCCAUCGCGCCUCCGUCACGAUGGGAGCGAGACCUCCAGUCCGUUGGCUUCGGCCACGUAGACUGGACCGACGGGCGUCUGCCUGAGAACGAUAUCCAGAAGGUUAUCAUUGCCCUCGCCAGUGGCCCCGCGCAGCAGCGUCUGCCCAAGCCGGGGGUCGAGCGAGCGUCGAUCGCAGACGGCAGCAAUGACCAGGCACGCGAGGAUGAAGCCGCUCGGUAUGUCGAAAAUUACAGUCGAGGAUUCGAGGUUCCCAUUAGGGUUGCCCGCUCCGCGGUUCCAUCCUCCCAGCCACAGCCUGCCGGCCACUGUAUCCUCCUUACCGGGGCGACGGGGAGCCUGGGAUCCCACCUCAUCGAGCAGCUGGUUCGGCGCGAGGACGUGUGGCAGGUGGUAUGUGUGAACCGGCCAACGGGCGUAUCGGUGAAGACCCGGCAGCAACACGCCUUGUCUUCGCGAGGCAUCAUACUGGACCCGGCGCAGCAGGCCAAGCUCCGGAUACUUGAGACGGAUACGGCCAAAUCGCAACUCGGCGUGCCCCUAGCGGAGUAUAACUGGCUCGCGCAGCACGUCACCCAGAUUGUUCACAACGCCUGGCCCAUGAGCGGCUCGCGUCCGGUGCGGGCUUUCCAGUCCCAGUUCGAGGCCCUGCGCAACCUCAUCCUCCUCGCACGCGACGGGGUCGCCCACUCCCAGCGGCCUGCGGGAUUCCAGCUGGGGUUUCUACUUGUCUCCUCGAUCGGCGUUGUCGGCCACCACCCGCUGUGGAGCGGACAGACUCGAGUGCCCGAGGAGCGAAUGGCCGUGCAGUCGGUGCUGGACAACGGCUACAGCGAGGCGAAGUGGGUAUGCGAGCGCCUACUCGAGGCCACCCUGCAGCAGCACCCAACGCAUUUCCGCGCGACGACCGUGCGGCUAGGCCAAAUCGCCGGCUCGCAGACCAGCGGCUACUGGAACCCGAUCGAACACUUCGCCUUCUUGGUCAAGUCCGCUCAGUCCCUGCGCGCCCUCCCCGCCCUCGACGGCAUCCUCUCCUGGGUCCCCGUGAAUAAGGUGGCCGGCACCCUGGUCGAUCUGCUGCUGCUUCCCAAGGACCAAGAUCUCUAUCCGGUUUACCACGUCGACAACCCGGUCGGCCAGCCCUGGCGCGAGAUGAUCCCCGUCCUGGCCGAAGCGCUGGACAUCCCUCUGGAGAAUGUGAUCCCAUUCGACCAGUGGAUCCAGCGGGUACGGCGCUCCCCGCUGCCCGUCGAGACCGACAACCCGGCCGGACGCUUGGUCGACUUUCUGGACCAUCACUUCAGGCGCAUGUCUUGCGGCGGGCUUUUGCUGGAUACGGCGCACAGCUGCGAGCACUCGGCGACCCUGGCCGCGCAGGGCCCCGUCCCGGCGGCGGUGGCGAGGAAGUAUGUCCAGGCCUGGAAGGAGAUGGGCUUUUUGCAUCGGUGAUCGGCGCUCGCAUAAGAUAGGCGACGGCUGAGAUAUCACACGCGAUCAGGGGGGAAUUGGCCGUCAUGAGAUAACAUUGUCAUAAUCAAAAACAACGAUAAAUGCGUUUGUCGGCA